CAUCCUGGAGCCCCGCCAGGGCAGGGAGGAGCCCCGCGGAACCGCAGCUCCCACCCAGGGGCCGCGUGCAGCCUGCAGCCUCCCCCUGCGUGGGCUGCAGAGGUGGGGCUAGCACGGCCUCUCUGGCAGAGCCGAGAUGCGGUCCACUCCUCUCCCGCCGCCCUGCAGCAGACCUCAGGCUGAGGCAUGGGCACCCUCACGGGGCACCUGGUGCCGGGCAUCGUCCUCUACGGCGUGGGCCUCUACUACGCGGUGCUGGCCUCCCGGGCCAUCCUGCGGGGACAGAAGCUCCUCUCCCCGCCGCUGCCUCCGAAGGAGAAGCAGGGCCAGAGGUGGUGGCAACGGGUGCAGGUGGAAGGCCUGGUGAAGGUGGGGGCGGGCAUGACCCUGGUGCUGGGGGAGUUCUUCUUCCCGCCGGGCGCCAACCACUUUCCCCUGGUGGACUGGGAGGACCCCCGGCGGCCCUUCCGGAACCACGACUCGUGGCAGCACGCUACCAUCUUCGGGGUCUUCCUGCUGAGCGCACUGGCGGACUUCGCCAGCCAGGUGUGGCUGGCCCGGCCCAGCGUGCCGCUGGAGCGCGCGGCCACGGCGCUGGCGGUGGCGGUGCUGCUGCUGGAGAUGGGCGCGCACGUCGAGCACAAGGACGCGCUGGAGGUGCGCGUGCACGCGCUGCUGCUGCUGCCCGCGGUGCUGAUGCUGCUGGUGCUGGCGGCCGAGGUCUGGGCGCCCGACCAGCCGCCGCUCUGGAUGCUCAAGGCCUGGCUCACGCUGGUAUUCGGCUCCUGGCUGCUGCACGUCACGUCCAUCCUGUACGCGCCGCUCUCCGGGCAGCGCUGGAGCGCCGAGAACCCCGUGGACCUGGCCUUCGCCGUGACCUUCUUCUGCUGGCACCUGGGCUUCGGGGCUGCCGCGCUGGCCGCCGUCUACAGCCUCUGCAGCCUCUGCCACCGUCGUCACUCUUCCUCGGGACUCGGGGGGGCCUGGGGCAGCUACCAGACGUGCCCCAUGGACGACAGCGGAGGCGAGCUGGAGAAGCUGCGGCCCCGGGGACUCAGCUCGGGCCAAGGCUGUCCUCCUGCCCCCAGUUGCGCUCUGUCUUGCUCCUUCCCUGAGCUCAGUGAGGAGGCUGAGUAGGUGAGUGGGGUCCC